AUGGUUGAUUCAUAUGUGUUCUUUACAGCGUCAGCAGCAGUAGACAAAUCAGAAGUUGAGAUACCGAGCUAUGGACGAGCUGGUCUAUUAUUCGCGGCGUAUUUCGGUUAUUUGUCCAGCGUCAUAUACUUAUUGGAGAGAGAACCGAGAUUGGUCCUUGCACGGGAUCCUCGCGGGCGAACUGCUUUGCAUCUGGCGUCUUGGAGAGGCCAUUACCAGUGUGUACAGUACCUGAUUGAAAAAGGCGUGGAGCUAGAAGCGGCCGAUGAAAACGGUGCUACAGCUCUGAUGUAUGCAGUAAAGGAGGCGUCAUCAGUACAUGUUGUUGAGUAUCUUUUACUCAAUGGAGCAGAUGUAUCAAAGAAAGACUGCAAUAACAAUACAGCUUUGCACCAUUGUUGUCUGAGUAAGAGCGAGGAAUGUGGAAAGGUUUUGGCGAACCACUUGGCCAAAGCUUUACACAUAGCGCUGAGGAAUGGCUUGAUCGAAUUCAUGCUGAGCUUUGUUCCAUACGGCAGCGAUUCUAUGUGGAUCAAGGAUUCGAGCGGUCGUUUCCCGUUGAUGAGCGCCGUUGAUGACCAGGAUAUUCUUGAUUGUAUGCAGCUAUUACUUUCAUGCAUGAUGGAGGCAGCACCAGCAGAUGUUCGGUGUGUGCUGCUGAGGCCAAGAUCGGCCGUCAAAUGUAGCGUUCGUAGCUCUCAGAGUAGCGCCGGGGUUUCAACUAGUUUAUCGGCGGUUUUUGCGGUUCAGUUUGCUCCCUAUGUGUUACUUUUUUGA